AAUGCUCAUACAACUCUCAUCUCAUGUACUUAUUAUUCACAUAACUAAACUGAGAGAGAAAAGAUGAUAAGUGGGAAUGAUUUCUACAAGGUGAUGUGUGCAAUGGUUCCUCUGUAUUUUGCAAUGCUGGUAGCAUAUAGCUCAGUGAAAUGGUGGAAGAUAUUCACACCUGAGCAGUGCUCUGGUAUUAACCGGUUUGUUGCUGUGUUUGCGGUUCCAGUACUUUCCUUUCACUUCAUAUCUCAGAACAACCCUUACCAAAUGGACACAAAAUUCAUACUUGCUGACACUUUCUCUAAGCUUCUAGUCCUUGUUUUGCUCUCAGUUUGGGCUGUCUUCUUUAAUGGAGGCUUGGAUUGGCUUAUCACUCUCUUUUCAGUAGCUACGUUGCCUAACACACUUGUCAUGGGCAUUCCUUUGCUCAAAGCCAUGUAUGGAGAUUUCACUCAGAGCCUCAUGGUGCAAUUAGUUGUGCUUCAGUGCAUCAUAUGGUACACACUAUUGCUAAUCUUGUUCGAAUACAGAGCUGCAACCCUCUUAAUCCAAACCCAGUUCCCAGGCAAAACAGCAGCCUCCAUAUCCAAAAUCGAGCUAGACAAUGACGUGAUCUCCCUAGACGGCCGUGACCCACUUCACACCGAAUCAGAGGUCGAAUCCAACGGCCGAAUCCGCGUCCGAAUCCGAAAGUCGACCUCCUCCGCCGCAGACUCCAUCAACACCCCACGACCCUCCAACCUCUCAAACGCCGAAAUCUUCUCCGUCAACACCUUCGGGGGCUACCGCUCCGGCGCCAGCCCUCAGUACUGCAUGUCAGGCUACGCCUCUUCCGACGCUUAUUCCCUCCAGCCCACACCUCGCCAAUCAAACUUCAACAACAACGAGCUGGAUCAACUGGAGAUGAUGAACGCUGCCAAUACCAACAACACCAACACCCCUGUUUCGGUUUGGUCAAGAUCACCAGUUGGGAGGCUUUUUCGCCACCCAUCUCCGGUUUUCUCCGGCGUUAAAAUGCUUUGGGACUCAUCACCAUCAUCGGUGAAGUUCAGUAAUACUCACCAUGAAGAAGAAGAAGAAGAAGUAGAAGAGAGACAAGGGUCAUCUACUAACAAUCACGUUGUGGUUGCACUUGCUGCAGCAGGAAAAGAAAUUAGCUUCAGAGAUAGCACAAAAGUUCAAAUUCCAGAGGAAACAGAUACGAAGGGUGCAGAGAUUAGUCAAGAAAUGCCACAUGCUUUGGUCAUGUUGAGGCUUAUACUAAUUGUGGUUGGACGGAAGCUUUCUCGCAACCCAAAUACAUACUCAAGUGUAUUAGGGGUUUUGUGGUCUCUAAUCUCAUUCAAAUGGAAUGUAGGGAUGCCCAGUUUGGUGAAAUACUCAAUAAAAAUAAUAUCAGAUGCAGGUCUCGGAAUGGCCAUGUUCAGUUUAGGGCUGUUCAUGGCCCUCCAACCCCGGAUUAUUGCUUGUGGAACAAAAAGGGCAACAAUAGGGAUGGUGAUUCGCUUCCUUUGUGGGCCCAUAAUAAUGUCAGCAGCAUCGGUUGCUGUUGGAUUAAGAGGUGUAAAACUACAUGCUGCCAUUGUACAGGCAGCUCUUCCACAAGGGAUAGUACCAUUUGUCUUUGCAAGGGAAUAUGGGCUUCAUCCCGACAUUUUGAGUACAGGGGUUAUCUUUGGAAUGUUAGUUUCAUUGCCUGUAACACUCCUCUACUACAUAUGCAUGGGUCUAUGAAGAAAAAAGACGAGGAUUAGAAAGUUUGAAUAAAGCAUAUAUGUAUUGGAGCAUCCAAAGUAUUACGCACCUAGUAGCAAGCAAUUAAGCAAGGAGUUCAACGAAAAGUACCAUGUCCCAACAAUAUCAUACGUCCCUUACCACCGACCAUUUAUAUAUGUGCAUAUAUGGUCGGCCCCGUAAUGUUGGAUCUGGCCAACAUGCCAUAUCAUUACAUUAGCUAGAUCAAUGCUUCGUAGCCUUUUCCUAUUUAUUGUAAUCGCUAUGAAAAAAGGAAAAAAAAAAAGAAAAAAAAAAGAAAAAAGAUUGACUUGCGUAGUGGAUAUAUUAUCAAAAGCCAAAAGGCUUUUAAUUAAGGUCAAACUAGAAUGUGACAAGAUCAUAUUUAUAUAUAUUAGGGUUUUCAUGCUCCUGGGGUGACUGUCCUAUAGUACAUAGAUUAGUGGUAGCCGAAAGGGAAAGCUUAUCAUGACCUAUGAUUAAGGUAGGAGACUUAUUUUCUUUUAAAGUUGUGGCAACCAAAGUAUGUUUUAUUUAUGAAAAAAAAAAUUAAAAAAAAAAAGAGA